AUGAGUGUUCCCUCUAAAGGAUACUCGAAGCUUUGUGGCAGGCAACUUGUCCAAGUUGUUGGGAAAGACGCCACAAAAUUUCUCAAUGGGUUGAUCACUUCUAAGAUCCUUGAUCCUCGCAUUGAAUCAUCAAACCCUUAUGAUUGUCUCAUGAACGAUAACAGUUUCUACACCACGAAACUUAACUAUUUGGAUAAUUCGAUGCAUAGUGGUUACAAAAAACUUGGACAAUACACUUUAUUCUUGAAUGCCACAGGAAGAUUGUUCACGGAUGCUUGGAUAUAUCCAUUUCAACUCUUCAAUAAGCCAAUUGAAUCAUUACCAUUUUUACCGAAGAAGGAUCCCAACCAUUCUAAUUAUUUAAUUGAGGUCAGUGACACCAUUUCCAAUCAAUUCAAAAUGUUUUUGAAGAUGCACAAGUUGACAUCAGACAUCAAGUUGAAGUUUUUUGAUGAGAAACAAUUCAAUAGUUGGUAUAUGUACAAUGAUGAAGAUCCUCGGGUCAUGGGACAGAUAUGGGAUUUCAAACAAAAUUGGUUAAAGAAUAAUAAGUUGUUAAACGAACCGAGUAUUGCAAAUGCCAAAUUCUUAGAUUUUGUAUCAUCCAAACAAUUAUUUAAGCACGAUGACAUUGAGUAUUUGACCAACAAUUUAUACGGUUUCGCAUUUGAUGAGCGUUCACCAAGAUUGGGAAUGAAAUUAUUAACCUCAACUGAAAUUGGGACCCCGUUGACUUUGGUCGAUAAGAACAAAUUGGUACCGAAUGGUACUGAGUUUGAAGAAAUUCCAAGUGCAGUGAUGGAUGGUAGAAGAAUCCUUGGUAAUAUUCCUGAGAUUGGCGAUCUUGAACCGAACAAAUACCUUCCGUUGGAAUUGAAUUACAACUUAAUGGGAACAGUUAAUGAUGGAUACGAUGAAGCGUAUGAUGAUUAUUUAUUGAGAAAAGAGGAAGCUGUGGAAGCUACAGAAAAAAAAGAUGAGUCCGAAGUAGAUGAAGUCCUCUAUAGUAUAGAUAACACACCAGUCAUCUCAUUCAAUAAAGGUUGUUAUAUUGGCCAGGAAUUAACUCACAGAACUUUCUUUAGAGGGGUGGUUAGAAAGAGAAUGUUGCCAAUAAGGUUAACAUUUAGUGACACUUUGGAAAUCUCCGAUCUUGAUUCAGUUAUUCCAGCAUUGAAGUUUGAAGAUAAGCAUAUUUAUUUUGAAGAAACUAACGACCAGCUAGAAUCACCAUAUGAAGAGUCUGUUCAAAACAAUCCAUUUGCCAAUAAUACAGACAAUCCUUUCGGUUCCAAGGUAUCUAGACCGAGAAGAAAGGCACACGUAGGGAAGAUCUCUGCUAUUUAUGAAGGAUGUGGUGUGGGAAUCAUCAACAUUCCUGAAUUUACCAAACCGAAUAGGAAAUUUUAUGUGAAGGUGAAAUUGACUGAUGAAAACAGAAAAGAGUUCAAGGAAACUUGCAACUUCGAAUUGGAAGAAGAGGAAAUGAAAGUUUAUGUUGAAGGGUUUGUGCCUGAGUGGUUCCCAGAUGGCUGGAAUGAAGAGGAGUAA